UCAACCUCAGAGUUUCUCUCUCUCUGUGAAAAAAAAAGAGUCAGAUACGAAAUUGGUCCCUCUUCUUCUCUCUCUCUCUCUCUCUAAAACCCUUUUCUUCUUUCUCUCUCCUACACACUUGGGGUUUCUCUCUUCUUCUUCUUCUUCUUCUUCUUCAUCGUCUCUCUCUGUGUGUGUGUCUCUUUCUCUCUCUUACUCGUUCUCUUGCUCGCUCGCUCGUUCGCUAUUUCAUAUUUAUGAAUCUGAGAUAUGGGAAAGUACAUGAAGAAACCUAAAAUCACAGGCGAAGUUGCAGUAAUGGAGGUAUCUCUCUCUCCUCAGUGCUCUCUCGGUGUCCGUACCAGAGCCAAAACCCUUGCCCUACAAAGACAGCAGCAACAACAGCAACAACAGCAGAGAAAAUCGCCAACCUCGAACCCAAACCCUGUUGAUUCCUCUGCUUUUUCCUACCUCGAGCUCAGAAGCCGCCGUUUGGAGAAACCGCCAUUGCUCAGUGAAGCAAAGAAGCAGAAUAAGGAGAAACAGGGUUCGCCGCCGGUGAUGACCACGAGAGAUUGCUGUGGAGAAAAAAACCCUAGGACUAAGUUUCGGUGGCGGAGUUCGAGGUUGAGUGAUGUGAGGUCUUUGGAUUCGGGCUUGGCUGACGAAACUUUGGGUUUAAAAGGUGACGAAACAGAGGAAGAAGAAGCCUCUUUUGGGGAGAAUAAUUCUGAUUUUCAAGGCAGAGAUAGCACCAGAGAAAGCACACCAUCUAGCUUGAUAAGGGAGUCAGACAUCUUAAGAAAUCCGGGUUCAACCACGAGGCGGCCAAGUUCAACUGCAACUAACCAAAGGGUGAGGAAUGGAAUGCAAAGAAAUAUCCCAACAGCGCAGGAGAUCGAAGAGUUCUUUGCUUUCGCCGAGCAGCAGCAACAGAGAAUCUUUAUUGAGAAGUACAAUUUUGACAUCACUAUUGAUUCGCCACUCCCCGGAAGGUACGAAUGGGUGCAAGUCGUUCCCUAGACGAGGAAAAUUUAAUUGGAAGUUGAAUUUGAGACUGCAAGUUCUGAGUCCAUAAUUAGUGCUAAGAGAAGUUGGAUUAACUAUUAAUAACAUUGUGAACUUGACUGAACCAUUUGGUAUUUGCUCAAGUACAAAAUUAGGUUUAGUUUUUUUACUUGAGAGAAAGGAACCAUUUGAGAAGAGAUUGGAAAAAAGAAAAAAGUAAUUUAGGCUUUGAUUAUUCUGUUGAUGUAUCUAUCACUAGAUUUUCAGUUUAAACCGUUGUCCAUAUUUAGGUAGAAUGACUCAUCUCUUCAGAAAUAAAUGCAAACAACCAAUUUCCUUUCUCA